UGCAGCGUAGUGCAAAUCUGCCUUCCUCUGUGUUUUCAUCUGACAACGUCUGCAGUGACAGCACAGCACGGGAACCCUCACUGAUUAGAACCGCUGUCUAUUGUCCAGAGACAUCUCAGGACCGCUGAAGAAGAAGAUGUUGAGGCGAAGGCCUUCCAAUGCCUCGGAGAAGGAGCAGGUGCAGAAGAAGAAGCUCACUCUGCAGAGAUCCAGCAGCUUCAAGGAUUUCAUGAAGUCCAAACCCACCUCUCCUGUUGUGUCAGAAAAAGAGUUUACCUUGGAGGAGAGUGUGGCAGAAGGUGUAACAGCAGAGGAGGCAGUGAAAAGUGGCAGCAAACUGGGCAAGAAAUGGCGCAAUGUUAUCUCACGUACCAUGACCCGCAAGACAUCCAAGAUGGUGCAGAAGGCUCUGGCUGAGGAGGGGGGUGAGAGCGGUGAGGAGCUGUCUCCAGUCUCAGCUGAUUGGCUUCCAAGUCUGAGUGCAGGACAGAGGACGUCUGUGUGCUCCACAGGGUCAGAGGACACCACGCCCAGUCCCAUCACCCGCCAGCUCUCAGGCAGUAGUGACAGACAGAGCCUGGACAGCGGAUACUGCCAGAGGGACAGCAUGAGACUGGAGGAGAAUGGCGUCUCUUACAAUGGACCUUUCUGUGGUCGUGCUCUGGUCCACACUGACUUCACUCCCAGCCCCUAUGACGUGGAGUCGCUCAAACUCCAAAAAGGAGACAUCAUCUACAUCAUUGAGAAGCCCCCUGUGGGGACCUGGACAGGGAAGCUCAACAACAAAGUGGGCUCUUUUAAAUUCAUUUACGUCAACCUGCUCCCUGACGAAAGCCCCCCAGCAAGGAGGAGACAUCGCAACAACAGGACAAACAGAACCAAUCACAAACCCAAAACGCUGGAGGAGGUGCUGGACAGCAUCGGCCUCAAUGAGCUGAGUUCUUUGCUGUCCAUGCACGGUUUCCAGAGCCUGGAGGACUUUGCAGGACUGAAGGAGUCUCACCUCAAUGAGCUGAACAUCACCGACCCAGAGCAGCGCUCCAAGAUCCUGAAUGCCUCUGAACUGCUGAAAGACUCUGACGAUGAGUCUGAGCCAGAAGAGGACAGAUCCCAGGAAGACGCCAAAGAGCCGAGGGAUUCGGGCUGUUUCGAGAGCUCGGAGAACCUGGAACCAAAGAUGGAGGAAGAGGUCCAGGAUGAAGCAUCAGAGAAGCAGAAAAGCCAGGAGGCAGAGAAACGUGAGCAGGAAACAGAACAGCAAGAUGAGAAGCAGACAGAGCAGCUGGACACUGUGCAGGAGCAGCUGCAGGAGCUGACAGUGGUUGAAGGAUCUUGAAAAAGUGGUGGGGGAAAAAAAAUACUCAAACUUCUUUUACUCCUGGUUCUCAGGGACUCCGUGGAUGCAUGUUUACUGCCCCAAAGCAAACUUCAUUAUAACAGAGUGGACUGGUGAUAGGAACACAGUGUGAGGUUGGAAAAACUGCAAACAUGAUGGCCUCUGUUUUCUUGCACUGUUGUGCAAGCAGCACAACUUUUCUUUAUCUGCCACAGCUGAGUUUGAAUGAACAUGUUGUAUUGUUUGAAUUAUGUUUUGAUACAUGUAAGAUACAUUUAGAAGUGUUCUCUCUCUUCACCAUGGUCCUGUCUUAAAUGUUUUGAUGUUGUGCAGUCUCUCAAAUAUGAAUGUAAAAUAUUUCCUGAUGUUUUUCGUGCAACUUGAAUCGUAACUUUCACUUCUUCCUUUUACUUGUUGUGAGGUACAUUACACUGAUUGUUGACAUGUAUGAGAAUGACAAUGCUGUAAAUAGAAUUUGAAUAAAACAUUUCAUUGAGACGUUGA